UUAACUUUAUGAAGUGCAUCAUAAAACAACAUUUUAUUUGAAGUCGGUGACAGGGAAUUCAGAUGGGAGGGCCAAUUCUUCUUGGCUACUACUAAAUACUUUUUAAAUAACAGAAAAGAUCAGAUCUCAGGUUAAAUGAAGGGAGUAAUACUGGAAUAAAUAUAGAUGAAAGAAAGAAAAUGGAAAGAGAAAACUUCACCAUUUGGAGCAUUUUUUUCUUGGAGGGAUUUUCCCAGUACCCAAGGUUAGAGGUGGUUCUCUUCGUCUUCAGCCUUGUAAUGUAUCUGGCAACCCUCUUGGGCAACAGCACUCUUAUUUUAAUCACUAUCCUAGAUUCACGCCCUAAAACCCCUAUGUACUUAUUCCUUGGAAAUCUCUCUUUCAUGGAUAUUUGUUACACAUCUGCCUCUAUUCCUACUUUGCUGGUGAACUUGCUGUCAUCUCAGAAAACCAUUAUCCUUUCUGGGUGUGCUGUACAGAUGUAUCUGUCCCUUGCCAUGGGCUCCACAGAGUGUGUACUCCUGGCCGUGAUGGCAUAUGACCGUUAUGUGGCCAUUUGCAACCCGCUGAGAUACUCCAUCAUCAUGAACAGGUGCGUCUGUGCACGGAUGGCCACGGUCUCCUGGGUGACGGGUUGCCUAACUGCCCUGCUGGAAACCAGUUUAGCUCUGCAGAUACCCCUCUGUGGGAAUCUCAUCGAUCACUUCACGUGCGAAAUUCUGGCGGUGCUAAAGUUAGCUUGCACAAGUUCAUUGCUCGUGAACACGAUCAUGCUGGUGGUCAGCAUUCUCCUCUUGCCAAUUCCAAUGCUCUUAAUUUGCAUCUCUUACAUCUUCAUCCUUUCCACUAUUCUGAGAAUCAGCUCAGCAGAAGGAAGAAACAAGGCUUUUUCUACCUGUGGCGCCCAUUUGACUGUGGUGAUCUUGUAUCAUGGGUCUGCCCUCUCUAUGUACCUAAAGCCUUCUUCAUCAAAGGCACAAAAAAUAGACAAAAUCAUCUCGUUGCUUUAUGGAGUGCUUACCCCUAUGUUGAACCCCGUAAUUUACAGUUUAAGAAACAAGGAAGUCAAAGAUGCUAUGAAGAAACUGCUGGGCAAAAUACCAUUGCAUCAAACACACGAACAUCUCUGAUUGGGUCCCUAUGGUUUUACCAGAGAUGUGCCCCUGGCAGAGCUCACCAGAGAAAUUCUAGACAACAUACAACCUCUUAGAACUCUGAUCGGAUCUUACCUCUAUAUAAUUUCAUAAUUAUGAGAUGCGUACACAGAGUGAUUGCCUAUUAACAAUAGUAGGUUUCAAUUUGCAUUUGUUAAUAUUUCCUUUUUGUGUUUUGCGGUUGUGAGGUUUUGAGUUAUAGAGUCAUCAAAUGUUCGCUCCAGAAGAAA